AUGGCUUCCCGCGACCAAAAGGCUCAGCAUUCUCAUAGGCACUCGACGGGCACUCCCCAUCACCGCCGCUCCGAAUCUCAAAAGCACGGCCGGAGCCGACAGACCUCAAACGCCUCCGUCGCGCACUCCUUUGCGCCCUCCCUCCCCUCGCCCUCCGUUACCUCGAGGUUUUCCACCGCGACCACCGCAACCACCGCGACCUCUGCCUCCCGCACGAGCGCCUCGAUUCACGACGGCGACGAGCCGGUCUCGUCCGAUUCCCUAUCGUCCUCAGAGUCCAUUGUCGACGACCCCUUCUUCCAGCGACAGUACGCCGCCGACAAGGCCGACGUCGCCGCCAGGAAGCCGACCCGCUCACCUGUUCCAGAGAACCUCCGCCAUGAGACUCCACCCCCUAACCUCCAGCCAGUGCCACGAAUUCAAGUCCCAAGGAGAAAGUCGUCGGACGUAGAAGAGCAAACCGAUGAUCGUCCCCCGGCGCGAACGACCAUGGAGAGUAUUAAUAUCGUGGUCAUUGGCGCCAAUGGCGUCGGCAAAUCACACUUCAUACAAAAGGCCCUGUCCCUCACGAGGACUCCUAGCUCGCAACCCUCGACGGCGCGGAUCAACAUCGAUCAUGUUCCGUAUGCCGUCACUCUGUUUGAGCUGGACCUCGAGUAUUUCGAUGUAGACCCCGACAGGCAGAUACAAUGGCCGAGGCAAGUAGGCGGCGCCAUGAUGCCAGCCAUACACGGCGUCUUGCUGCUCUACGAUGUCAUGAACCGAGAGAGCAUCAUUGAAUUGCCCCAGACACUGACCGCAUUGGUGAAGUCGUCCUUGCCAACUAUUCUGGUCGCUACCAAGUGCGACAACCCAGAGAGCGCAAGGCAAAUCGAUACCGAAGGACUGGCUGCUGCGUGUAAAUCAUGCAUCGGCAGCUUCAAAACGGCAUCGAGCAAGCCAGAGAGCGCGCGCAUGCCAUUGUCGUUUCUGUUGAAGGCGUUGAUUUUGGGUCGACAGGACGAAUCGGGAGAGGGAAUUGGCAGGAGGCGAGCUGCUUCUGCAGCCCACCUAGACAAGCCAUUUGACCCCUCAAAAGGCCGGCCUCUAAGCCAGCACAGCAAGCACAGCCGUGCCAGCUCAGACAUGUCCCUCCUCAAGGGAUUUUCCCAACCAGGCAUCAUGCUUCGUACAACUGGCAUCCGCCUCGACCGACCAGGCACGGGGACUUUUCGAGAAAUUGACGAGUUUGAGGCUGACUCGAAUCGCUAUUCCGAGGACAUCCCAAUUCUCCAACGCGGGGAUGACCUGAGUUUUGAUCGUCCAGCUAAGAAGGUUGGCUUGACCUUUGACGAGCUCGUCGAUCGCUUGAUUGCGCCCAAGUUUUCCAGAGCCGACUCGAAUUUCGCCGACGUAUUUCUCUGCUUGUAUCGCAAAUUCGCUGCUCCUAGUGCGCUGCUGUCCGCUAUACUGACACGGCUGGAACGUGUCAAGGAGGAGAAACCCUCUCACUAUCUAACCAAGACCGCCACACAACUUCGCAUUAUUGAAUCCGUUGCAAAAUGGGUUUCAUCCUACCCCGGCGACUUUGCGAAGCCUACAAUCAGGAGGAACCUGGAAGAGUUCAUCCGAAAUCUUUCUGCAGAACCCAUUUUCAGCGCGGCGGCCCAGCAAAUGCGGCGUGUCCUGGAUCUAAGCGUGUUUGAUGAAGACGAUUCCGGAUGGGUCAAAGAUGAUGAUGCCGAGACUGCGAGCCACAUGAGUGCGCCGAAACACCCGUCGGUUAGCCUUGCGGGUAGCCUCGACCUUCCAGAAAGUAUGAGCUUAUUGAGCGUGAGCGAGCCGGUCGACAGGAGGCCGUCUGCAAGCUCAUCACUGCUGACGGACUCCUCCAACUCGCUAAAAUUCCACCAGUUCCAGUUUCACUCAUAUGAAGACUAUGAACACGAAGCCGCGACAAUGGUACCUACGUACACCAUGCCGUUGACCAAGUUCAGAUACCAUAUCUUCAUGGACACGUCGGACGAUGACAUUGCCGACGAGUUGACGAGGUUAGAUUGGGUCAUGUUCUCUUCGAUCCGCAUCCGGGACCUUGUACGGCACGUGAGCCUCAACGCACAACAAAAGGAGAAUUCAGCAAGUAUGAAGAAUGUAAAUCGGAUGAUUAACCACUUCAAUCACAUCGCAAAAUGGGUGGCCAACAUGGUGUUGAUGAGGGAUAAGGCAAAACACCGUGCCCAGAUGCUCGAGAAGUUUAUGAACAUUGCUCUGAAGCUCCGGCAGCUCAACAACUAUAAUGGUCUGGCAGCGGUCUUGGCUGGAAUUAACGGCACAGCUGUACACCGCCUUUCACAGACACGUAAUCUCGUGGCGGCCGAUGUCCAGAAACGUUUUGCGCGGCUGGUGCUCCUAAUGGGUUCACAGAAGAGUCAUUUUGCUUAUCGUCUGGCAUGGGAGAACUCGCCACUACCGCGAAUUCCCUACAUGCCUCUACAUCGUCGAGAUCUUGUCUCUGCCGAGGAAGGAAGCAUGACUUUUAUCGGACAAGACGGCGACCGCGUUAAUUGGAAGAAAUACGAAAUCUUGGGAGAGAUCAUCUUGCCUAUAAUCAAGAGUCAAGGAACGCCGUAUCCUAAUCUCUCCAAGCACGAUACAGCGAGGGAACUCAUCCUAGAUUGUCUGAUGCCAACGGAUGAGGAGGACAUCUACCAGCGAAGUUGCCAAGUUGAAAAUCCAGCUGGUGGCAUGUAUGACGGGAAGAAAAAGUUCCCAUGGUUCGCGAAACAAUGA